CCCGACGCGCGCGCCACGAAAUGUUGUUCUCCGGCGUCCAAUCAGAUUCCAAACGCACCGCGCAUGCGCUGCGUGCGUACAUUCAAACAAAAUCGGAAAGUGGGCUAAAGGAAAGCGAUAGAAUGGCUAUAGAAAAGGGGCCUCAAAGACACAUAUCAAGCCUGUCACAAAUCCUCCUCAUCUGUAGAGGUGGGUGUUGGUGAAAUAUAUCCAACUGGAGCAAGUCGAAAAGACUAUGCAAUCCACUGUGUUCACAAGUGGAGGACACAGACUGGACACAAGCCUCAGUAAGAAACCAGCUAGAGCCCAUGAAUCCUUGGCUGGCCUGAACAAGGAAAGCCGCAACAUCGCCACAAACGUGCUGAGUACAAUCCACAACAGUGUAAAUCAAAAGCAUCACCUACACAGCCAAGCAAAGAUCAGUCAUCAGAUCGUGUUGAGCUGCCCUGACCAAUCUCCAGCAGGGAACCUCAGGCAGGAGGAGAACUGGGAGAAGCCAGAGGCCUUGACACUCCCGUCAACCAAGCAGAUGGGGGCCGAAGGUUCCCCGGUCAAGAGCAAAUCACUGUUUUGUCAGGCCAAACACAACCACGUAGGGAAUAUGGAUCCUAUGGAAUCAAAUGGCAGCAAUCAGCGGAGAGAUGGAGGGCUCGUGGGGGUCCCCUCACCAGAGAACAGUCCCGAAGGGAAGCGUAGGAAUGUGAGGAAAGGCUCAGGCCUUGUGGACACGCAGACCAGCUGCAUCCGACAGAUCCUGCUGCUGCAACUGGAAUUGAUUGAACAGCAGCAGAAGCAACUGCACAACAAGAGCAAAGAGAUUGAUGACCUUAAAGCUGAAAAAGAGAUGCUAAUGGCACGAAUCGAACGCAUGGAGUGCCGGCUGCAGAUGGUGAAAAAAGAUGGAGCAGAAUCUCGUCCUUCUCAGACUCCUCGUCGUAGGGAACCUGAGGCCGAGGCCACUGCCUCAGACGACGUCCAGCAUUCUGAGGGGCGGGUCCAAACCCCAAAGCAAAUGCACUUUGGAAGAGGAGGAAAAAACCUGAAAAGGAGGUUUCUUUUCCAAGACUCUCGGAUGGAUAGGUCACAACUUGGGCAGCCCAGGUCACCACAACCACCACCACAGGAGGGCCCAGAUCUGAAGGAGGAACCCCAGGAAGAGAUGGGGCCUGAAUUGUCUCAUUCGGAGGACCUGCCCUAUCUGGCUACCACAGAGAUGUACCUCUGCUGCUGGCACCAGCCGCCACCAUCGCCGUGGCGAGAAACCUCACCUGUACAUGAGGACACAGUUGCAGUUCCAUCCUGGCGGGAUAGUAUCUUAGAGCCUUUAGGACAGAAAGAGUCGUCAGACAUCCCUGAGUGUCUGGAUGAUAACGUCUUUCUGAAGAGACAUUCAAAGCUUGAACUUGAUGAGAAGAGGAGGAAGAGGUGGGAUAUCCAGCGUAUUCGGGAGCAGAGGAUGUUUCAGCGCCUGCAGCAGAGGAUGAACCGGAGGGAGGUCAUUCAGGAAAGUGAACCAGAGCUGCUCUCCUUCUAUCCGGACCUUGAAGAUGUGGAGUCUGUUAUGGUGACACCCUUUUUGCCAGUGGUGGCUUUUGGAAGACCUCUUCCCAACCUGAAACAGCAAAACUUUGACUUGCCCUGGUUGGAUGAGCGUAGUCGAUGUCGAGCAGAGAUGACCAAGAAACGGACGCCUCAUCGGACAUGUCGCAAAUGAAACCAUCGUAAGGAAGCUGCUUCUUUCGUACCGUCCUGUGCGCUGAAGCAAAAUCUUGCCCUCGUGGUCUCAUCUCUCAUACUCACCUAGAUUGCGGGGGUUCCCUAAAAUCCCCUGCUUGGCAUCCAUAAGAAAAUGUGUUUUGCUCUAUAAUGCCUGAGAAACAAGCUCUCCCAGCCACACACCAAUGAUCAUGAUGCUGAAUGUAACACUUCAGUGUUUCACUUUCACGACCAAAGCUUACCCUAACACAUCAACAGCUGCCGUAAAAAAAUAUAUCAAAACUAUGCUGCAUUUUUGUUGAUUGUGUGCGAGUUCUCUCAGUCCCAUAAAGGGAAUGAAAAAGUGAAAAAUUGUGAAAACCGGUUACUGAAGUCUUUGUUGUAAUAUAAGGUUUUGUUCAAAGAAAAUGUGUAAGAUACUUGUAGCUAAAGAAAUUAUUUCAAAUAUUAAAAUGUCAUAUUAUGGAUAUGGA